AUGACAGACGACGUAACAUCAGUUCCUAAAAAACUUACAAAGAAAGAAUUGCGCAUUCUUGAGCGCCAGAAAGUGGCUGAGGCUACUAUCGGUCCUACCCUUACUGACACGUAUGGUGAGCUACCUCUCAUCCAAUCAAAGGAACGUUGUAACCAUGUUUAUCAAUUAGUCAAAGAUUUAAACGUCGAGUUACAAGGUAAAAGUUUUUGGGUACGUGGAUAUUUACAGAGUGUACGCGCCAAAUCCAAGAUCGCAUUUAUUACGCUGCGUCAAGAGACAGCAACAAUUCAGGCUAUUUUGCAUGAGAGUGACAAAGUUUCACGCCCUAUGAUCAAGUUUGCGGCCAGCGUGUCAAAGGAAUCCGUUGUGGACGUGUUUGUGACACUAAACGUACCCAACAGCCCCGUCCUCAGCACUACACAGAAGGACGUGGAGCUCAAUGUGGAAAAGUUUUUUGUGGUCAGCAAGGCACUACCAGAACUACCAUUCCAGGUAGAGGAUGCAGCUCGCUCCGAUAUUGUCGUCAAGGCCGAAGGAUCUACUUACGUGAAUGUGGGACUGGAGACUCGGCUGAACACGCGCCCGCUUGACUUACGGACGCCUGCCAACCAAUGCAUCAUGCGUAUCCAGGCCGGUGUAGGUCAGCUCUUCCGGGAGUUCCUCAUCGAGCGCGAUUUCGUCGAGAUUCACACGCCAAAGCUUGUGGGUGGAGCCUCAGAGGGCGGAGCCAAUUGUUUUACGCUCAAGUACUUUGACCAGGACGCUGCAUUGGCUCAGAGUCCACAAACGUACAAGCAAAUGGCUUGCGCCGUCGCUGGUCUUGAGCGUGUAUUCGAGAUUGGCCCAGUCUUUCGUGCCGAGAACUCAAAUACGCACCGUCACAUGUGCGAGUUUGUUGGUCUUGACCUAGAGAUGACCAUUAAGGAGCACUACCAUGAAGUGCUGGAGGUGUUCUCGGAUUUGUUUAUCUACAUCUUUGAUGGUUUGAAGGAGCGUUACGCUAGAGAGCUGGCUAUUAUUAAUGAGCAGCACCCAUUCGAGCCGCUCAAGUAUACCAAGCCGUCGCUCAUCGUCAACUUUGAGGAAGGCGUGGAAAUGCUGAAGAAAGCUGGUGCUACGCAGGAUCUUGAAGACGACCUGAGCACUGAAAACGAGAAGUGGCUUGGCCGACUUGUCAAGGAUAAGUAUGACACGGACUUUUACAUUUUGGACAAGUUCCCUCUUGGUGUGCGUCCGUUUUACACGAUGCCGGAUCCGAAUGACAAGCGCUGGAGUAACUCGUACGACAUGAUGAUUCGCGGUGAGGAAAUUGUUUCCGGCGCGCAGCGUGUGCACGACCCCAACCUUCUCAUUCAGCGCAUGAACGAGCUAGGCGUGCCACACGAGUCCAUGCGCACAUAUAUUGACUCGUUUCGGCUCGGUGCUCUACCUCACGGUGGUGGUGGUAUUGGUUUGGAGCGCGUCGUUAUGCUUUACCUGGGUCUGGGCAACAUUCGCAAGGCCUCGAUGUUCCCGCGUGACCCGAAGCGGUUGUUCCCGUAA